AUGCUGCAGCGCGGUCCUAACCAAACCGUCUCCCGCGCUGCUAUGCCGGCCGUGCAAGGUGCUAGGGUCGGGGGGAACCGUGCGUGUGCGACCGGGCGUCUGGUGGCUGGCGCGUUGGAGGGCGAACGAAUGGGUGCAGAUGGGUCGGAUACGGCACGUGCAGGAGCUGGUGGAGGAGAUUCGCUCGCGCGGACUGCUGCUCAUCGUCGCUGCGUAACAAGCCCCUCGCUGCUUCUCAAUCUGCCGGUGGCCCUCGGGAUCUUUGAGUCGACGCAGACAUCCGUCCCCCCUCCCCACCAUCCCUUUCCUCAUUACCCCCCAUCCCACCCAACGCCACCUGACGCCAGUAACAAGCCCCUCGCUGCUCCUCAACCUGCCGGUGGCCCUUGGGAUCUAACAAGCCCCUCGCUGCUCCUCAACCUGCCGGUGGCCCUCGGGAUCCUCGCAGCCGCUCGCUGGCUCAUGCUCGAGGCACAGGCGCGGGCCAAUGCCAGCCUGCCACGUGUGCACUACGAGCAGGUGCACGCGCCCUUCCAGCCAAUCACGUCUUCCGGCGCUCUCCCGCGACCGUCAGAACCGGCCGGGCUGGCGAUGGUGGGAUCACCGGUGGUGGAAGCCUCUCUUGACGAGUUUGUGCGCUCCAUUAUAAGGGACUUUGUGACGAACCAGUUCUAUGCGUACCUGACACCGGACAGGGACCGGAGGAGCUGCGGUGCGUGCUGCUGGCCGUGCUGGGGGAGGUGGCACGGCGGGCCAAGCGGGGACGUAGUGGGGGCGGUGGUGGGGGCAAUGGAGCAGUACCAGCGUGCGUGUGCGGACAUGGGCGAGGGCGAGGGCGAGGGGGGACGGGUGGCAGCAGGGGAGAGGGAGGAGCGUCUCAAGCACACCCUGGGCGCGUCUGGUGACCUGCACCCCGCAUGCCUCUCUGUGGAGUGCGAGUACAAGGUGGGGGGGGGGGAUGCGUGGGUGGGUGCGUGCGUGGCCGUGGCCGUGGCCGUGUGCGUGGGCGUGUGCGUGGGCGUGUGCGUGGGCGUGUGCGUGUGCGUGUGCGUGGGCGUGUGCGUGUGCGUGGGCGUGUGCGUGUGCGUGUGCUUGUGCGUGUGCGUGGCCGUGUGCGUGUGCGUGGGCGUGUGCGUGGGCGUGUGCGUGUGCGUGGGCGUGUGCGUGUGCGUGUGCUUGUGCGUGUGCGUGGCCGUGUGCGUGUGCGUGGGCGUGUGCGUGUGCGUGGCCGUGUGCGUGUGCGUGGGCGUGUGCGUGUGCGUGUGCGUGGCCGUGUGUGUGUGCGUGGGCGUGUGCGUGGGCGUGGGCGUGUGCGUGUGCGUGUGCGUGGGCGUGUGCGUGUGCAUGUGCUUGUGCGUGUGCGUGUGCGUGGCCGUGUGCGUGUGCGUGGGCGUGUGCGUGGGCGUGUGCGUGUGCGUGGGCGUGUGCAUGUGCGUGUGCUUGUGCGUGUGCGUGGCCGUGUGCGUGUGCGUGUGCGUGGGCGUGUGCGUGGGCGUGUGCGUGUGCGUGUGCGUGGGCGUGUGCGUGUGCGUGGGCGUGUGCGUGUGCGUGUGCGUGGGCGUGUGCGUGGGCGUGGGCGUGUGCGUGUGCGUGUGCGUGGCCGUGUGCGUGGGCGUGUGCGUGGGCGUGUGCGUGGGCGUGUGCGUGUGCGUGGGCGUGUGCGUGUGCGUGUGCUUGUGCGUGUGCGUGGCCGUGUGCGUGUGCGUGGGCGUGUGCGUGUGCGUGGCCGUGUGCGUGUGCGUGUGCGUGGGCGUGUGCGUGGGCGUGUGCGUGUGCGUGGGCGUGUGCGUGUGCGUGUGCUUGUGCGUGUGCGUGGGCGUGUGCGUGUGCGUGUGCGUGGGCGUGUGCGUGUGCGUGGGCGUGUGCGUGUGCGUGGGCGUGUGCGUGUGCGUGGGCGUGUGCGUGUGCGUGUGCGUGGGCGUGUGCGUGUGCUUGUGCGUGUGCGUGGGCGUGUGCGUGUGCGUGUGCGUGGGCGUGUGCGUGUGCGUGGGCGUGGGCGUGUGCGUGUGCGUGGGCGUGUGCGUGGGCGUGUGCGUGGGCGUGUGCGUGGGCGUGUGCGUGUGCGUGGGCGUGUGCGUGUGCGUGUGCAUGUGCUUGUGCGUGUGCGUGGGCGUGUGCGUGUGCGUGUGCGUGUGCGUGGGCGUGUGCGUGUGCGUGGGCGUGUGCGUGUGCGUGUGCGUGGGCGUGUGCGUGUGCGUGUGCUUGUGCGUGGGCGUGGGCGUGUGCGUGUGCGUGGGCGUGUGCGUGUGCGUGGGCGUGGGCGUGGGCGUGGGCGUGUGCGUGGGCGUGUGCGUGGGCGUGUGCGUGGGCGUGGGCGUGUGCGUGUGCGUGGGCGUGUGCGUGUGCAUGGGCGUGUGCGUGUGCGUGGGCGUGUGCGUGUGCGUGUGCGUGGGCGUGUGCUUGUGCGUGUGCGUGGGCGUGUGCGUGUGCGUGUGCGUGGGCGUGUGCGUGUGCGUGGGCGUGGGCGUGUGCGUGGGCGUGUGCGUGGGCAUGUGCGUGUGCGUGUGUGGUGAGGAAGCUAGUGGCGGCACUGCUGGCGCUGGUGGUGCCAGCAAGCGACGCACAGAGCAAGGUGGUGCGCUGCAUGGCUCGCAAGCUCCUCUCCUGCUGCGUGCUGCUGCCCUCCCUCAGACAGGCCAACCCCCGGUAAUCGCAGUGCUUCACACCUUCCCAUGUCUCCAGCACCGGUCAGCAGCAUCUGGGCCGCUCCUGGCUGCUUCCGUGUCCCCGCUGAGUGCUGCGGCUGCUUCCCUUCGACAGCAGCGGCAGCAACGGCAAGAGCAGUGGCAACAGCAACAGCAACAGCAGCAGCAGCGGCAGCAGCAGCCGCAGCAACAACAACAGCAGCAGCAGCAGCAGAAUCAUGGGCCAUCACAGCAGGAGUUUUCACCCCAGCAUGGAUCAUUGCAGGGCAUGGGCUCGCGGAUGGGCUCCUCCCUGAGGAGGCGAAUCCCUCGCAGCCGCAGCAGGCGCAUGCGGGCCACAGGCUCACCCAGUGGAGGCGCAUUCGGGGGAGGCGUAUCUGGCCCAGGUGGGACGUUCGGGGCAGGUGCGCCGGGUGCAGGUGGGAUGGAUGGGAGAGGUUCGUUAGGGGGAGGUGUAUCUGGUACAUCUGGUGGGAGGGGCAGCAGCAGCAGCAUGCAGCGGCGUGCUGUGUUGGGGUUGGGGGGAGACAGUGCGGGGGACGAUGACAGCCUAGCAGAGGGCACGAGCGAUGGAGGCGUGGUGGGCAUGGGCUUCAGCACAGAUGAGGAAAACGGCUCUGCAGAUAACUCUUAUCAUGCUGGCCGUGCUGCUGCUGCUGCUGCUGCUGCUGCUGCUGCGGGUGCAGGUGGCAGUCGGGGUGGUGGAGGAGGUGACAAGCGCAGGCUUAAUGGAAGGUCGGGGGCAGCAGAAUCGCCUCAGAAUGCGCCUUGUCAGGAUAAGCCUCCCCCUGGGCUGCUGCAGCCUAUGAGCGCCAAUUCAUCCCUGGCGUCCCUGGCCCCUCAGCUUAUCGCUGCCACGCCCCUCCCCCUGCAACCCUCUGGCCCUUCCGGUGGCUUUAGUGGCUCUGCUGGGUUUGGGGGUUCGGGUUUGCUCGUCGGGUUUGGAGGGUCGGGUGGGUCUGCUGGUGGUGGUUUUGGGAGCCAAGGCACCCUGAGCAGCAGCGGCGAGAAGCAUGGGGAUUUGUUGUUGCACUCCCACCAGCCCUCAAGCAAUUCGGGCUAUGCCCAGCCUGCUGCACCUGCUGCUGCUAGCGCAGCAUCCCUUCACAUUCCGCCUCCUCCUGCUGGUGCAUCUGGUCCGUUUGUUCAUCCCAGUGAUGGGGCUUCUGUGGCUGCGACUGAAGGGGCUUAUGGGGCAGGGCAGCGGCGGGGGAGAAAGGCAGGGAGCGCUUGGGAGGGGGAGGGGAAGGUGGUUGGCCGGGUGAAGAGCGAGCCGUGUGAAGGGAGUGAAAGGGGUGCGGGUGGGAGGGGCAAGGGUGAGGAGGGUGCAGUGCGGUUACCGGGUGAUGACGCGGACUUUGCGCAGGCGUUACAGCGGUACGAGCAGCGGCAGCUGCAGGUGCUGGAUAGCGAGCAGAUUGAUCAGCUCUGGUACACUGACGGGGUGCACUCCCACUGGCACGGCCACAGCCACAGCCACAGUCACAGCCACAUCCAAAGUCACUGCCACAGCCACAGCACGCAGGCGGUUGGGAACACGCACGCAGGCAGGCAUGAUAGCAAGGAGUUUCUUCAGAAUGGCAGCCACAGGAAGGAUUCUGAUCGGAAUGGCAGGGAGGAGCCAGGUUGGAAGGGCGACACGCACGGAGGCGAGAGUCAGGGAGGACCUGCGACUGGGGAGAAGCAAGGAGUUCUGGCGGAGAGCCACAAGCAGCAUCAGCAGCAAGUGCAUGAGUCCACGAGGAGCAAGAGAGAGCGGGAGCGGCCCGUGAAAGGGCAGGAAGUUCUGAGGUGUGGAGAGAGAGCGGUGAAUGGGCAGGAUGCGGUUGUGAGGGGUCAAGAUGGGGUUCAAGGACGGCAGGGGCCAGCAUUGGACGGGCUCAGGGAAUUCGCUGCUGAUAGAAAUGCUGUUGGUGGUGCUGGCAGCUGUGGUGGUGGGGGGUAUGUUAGUGCUGGAAGGGAGGAGAGAACAAGGGAGAACGUGCGAGAGAUGCUGUGGGGGUCUCUGUGCUCGGACGAGGAGCUUGGCGGUUUCAAGAGAGCUGCUGCUCGUGUAGGUGGUAACCCUGUUGGAGCUGGUAACCGCAAUGCAGGUGGUAACCGCAACGAUGGCGCACGCAGCGGGAGGUGGAGCGAGGAGCUGGAGAUAGGGGUGGCGGUGCGUGGGCUGGGGUUUCUGGUGGAGCAGUCUCCUGGUACAAUGCAGAUGAUGCACAGGAAGGGCGCUGGUGGGAUGGGAGAGGACGGUGCAGGAGCAGGAGAGCGAGGAGGAGGAGGAGGGAAAGUAAGAGGAGGCACGGAUCUUUCUCCUGUAGACGAGCUUGGAAGGGUGAGGCAGGGAGUGGGUUCGAGCACAGGAGGGGCGAAGGCGGUGUCAGGGGCGCAGCAGUUGCAGGCUCAAGGCGGCUGGGCGGGUGGCACAGAUGGCGCAGGUACAGUGGGUAAAUCACAGGUGGCUGCUGCAGGUGCAGGGACUACUGCAGUGGCUGCAGCCGCGAAAGGAGCAGCCGGAGUGGUUGAUGAGAGAAACCGAACCCACGGUGAGACGAGGCCCAGUGCAGGGUCAUCAGCAGGAGGAGCAGGAGCAUCGGGGUCUUGGCUGAGCUUCAUAGGUGCUGGGCCAAGGUCAGACCCUGGAGGCAGAGCCGCCGGUGCAGGCAGGGACACGGCUGGAGCUGCAAACACAGUGGCUGGGGGAAUGGGACCUCAAGAGGGGGUGCGUGCAGGGGUGGGGCGUGGGCAGGGGAGUUCGGUUUCAGGGGCAGGGGGGCGUGCAGGGUCUGCCUCCCAAGGGGAUGGGGGUGGGGAUGAUGCGCGGUCGGUGCUAUCUGCUGCUGCUGCCACUGCUGGGUGGGUGGAGCGGAAUCUGGCAGCGUUUGGGCUUGCUGGCGCGUUUGGUAUGAAAGGUGGUGGUGAUGGGGGUGGUGCGGGUGAGAAAGGGGGGAAGGGAGGGGCGAGUGGUGGGGAGGUGGGUGGGGUGGGUGGGGGUGGGAGUGGGGAUGACAGGGUUCUGCUGGCUGAAGCAGCCGAGAGGGAUCCGUUGAGUGUGGUGCGGCAGUGGGAGGAGGAAGAGGAGGUGGAGGGAGUGAGGGAGACGCGUGAGUGGGAGAAGCAGGAGGAGCGGCAGCAGGAGCAGAAGCAGCAAAAGCAGAGGUGGCAACAGCAGCCAGGGGUGGUGCAGGGAUGGCAAUCGGAAGACGGGCCUGGGGAAUCGAAGUAUGCGGCAGGAACCUUCUUAGACUUGGAAGGUUUAGGCAUGGAAGAGGAGGAGGAAGAGGAGGAAGGAGGAGGGCUGCUGCUGAGCGCGCGUCUGAAGAAAGGGCGGGGAGCGAUGCGUGCAUGGGACGGCCCUGGUUGUAGAAACAGGGGCACUGGCGAUGCAAUGGCAGGAGGGAUGGGGGGAGUGGGUGGAAUGGGGUUAGUGGUGGGAGGGGAGGAGGGGAGGGGGCAAGGGCUGCGGCCGGCGUGGUUGCUGGAGAGUGAGUGGCUGCAGCAGCAGCAGCAGCAGCGGAGGGAGGAGGAGCAGGCUCAGCUGGAGAUGCAGCAGUACCUGGGCAUGGGGCAUGGGGGUGAUGGCAGGGGGCAGGGUGGUGGGAGCAGGGGCGGGGAGCAGAGCAAGGAGAUGCGCUCGUUUGGAGAGGGAGGCGAGGGCAGACAGAUGCACGCUCAGAUCGUGGGGGCGUUCUCAGCAGAAGCAAGGGGCGAGGCCAUAGUGGGCUACUCCAUCGCAGUCACGGGCCUCGAUGGCUCCGCAUGGAUCGUCCGACGCAGGUACCGCAACUUCUGGCAGCUGCACCAGCAGCUGAAGCGCCGCAGCCCGUCAGCAGGCAGCCUGCAGCUGCCGCCCAAGCGGUUCUUCCACGGCGGGCGGGACGAGGAGCUCAUUCGGGACCGGCUGCUGCAGCUGGACGCUUAUGUCAAGGGCAUCAUGGCUCGGGAGGAGCUGGCCACAUCGCCAGAGGUUAUCGACUUCCUCUCCCCUGACUCCAAGGCAUUUGAGUCCCACAUCACCGUGUCAAAGGCCAUCUCUUUUGCCUUGAGCGUGGAUGAAGUGACAGAUGAUCUGCAGUGGCAACGUGUUAAAAGCACGUCUCAGCUGCAGCUGCUCUCCACCAUUGCUACUAACGGGGAUGACACCAGCUCUGUUGCCACGUCCCCUCGCUACAAUCACCCCCCCGCCCGACAAACCAGCAGCCGCCACGUGGCAGGCGUGGGUGAGGAGGAGGCGGUUAGAAGAUCAGGAUUUGGACGACAGAGGCAAGAAUUUGGCAGUGAUGGGAGUGGGAGGAGUGGAGAAGGAGGUGGUGGGGUGUAUAGAGUGGGUUUGCGCGGUCAAGAAGAGUUGAGGAUGGUGAAAGGGGAGAGCCGUCCUUCUACUGUUUGGGAGGGAGUAGGGGAGUGGUCAGAGGAGGUUCAAGAAGAAGGGUGUGAGACGGAGGAGGAGGAGGAGGAGGAGGAGGGCGAGGGUGGGGUGUUUGAAGAGGAGAGGAGGGGUGCUUGGGCUGGACGGGAGAUUUGCAGUGAGGGAGGGAGGCGUGUGGGACCAAGAGGUGGGAGCAUGGUGGAUGGAGGCAUGAGCGGUGGAGGUGUAGGGAUGGGCGGGGAGAGGGAGGCGGAUGAUGAUGUGUUGAGCUAUGGGUCGAGGCAGAGCCUUGGCGGGAUGGAGUAUGCCCUUCAGAUGGCGCAGGAGGGAGGUGCACAGGCAGCAGGGGGGGAAGAGGACGAGGGAGGAAGGGUGAAUCGGCAAAAGCUGCAGCAGCGGCAGCAGCAGAGUGGAAGUUCGUGUGAGAUCUCUGAGGAUGAUGACCUCCGUCAACAGGGUGCUGCCCGUGUGCGUGGUGAUGGGCAUGGGGAUGGCGUAGGAAGCGGGCAAGGCGGGUCAGGUUUUGUUGGGAGAGGAGAAGCUCCUGCAGGGAUUUUCGAAGCAGAUGGUGAUGGUGAUGGUGAUGGUGAGGACGGGGAGGAGGAGGAGGAUGAGGAUAGGGUGAUGGUGGAAACAGCUCUUCCACGUGGUUUGCAUGUGCCAGCAGAGCAAGGAGGCGCUGUGGGGCGAGGAGCUGAGGAAAGGGAUGGCUCUGUUAGAAGGCACAAUGAGGGGAGUGCAUUGGAUGCCACCGUUCCUGCCGAUGUAAGUCACAUAGUUCACCAGCAGAAUCAGCGCUGUGAAUCCCUUGUGCAUGUUUUAUUGCUUGUUUCCUUCAUUCCCAUUCGUCUUUCAAUGCGUCUACCGUUCUUCACAUGUGAUCCGUUCUCUCUCCCUCUCUACCCAUGCAUCUUGGCCGUGCCCGGCUGGGUGCCUUGCCAUGCCAUGGCACAGUGGACUGCUGCAAAGCUGAGUGCGCCACUGCUGCGGCUGGUGGAGGUGCUGCUGCACCUCGACGCCCACGGCUGGAUUAGGCGGCAGGUGGUGUGGGUGGCGAGGCAGGUGUUGGAGCUGAGCAUGGGGGAUGCCAUCGAUGACUUCCUUCUCUCACAGAUCCAGAAGCUCCGCACGGAAACCACCGUCGCCACCAUUAUUCGAUCUCUGCACCAGGUCUGA